AUGUCUCCACUCACCUCUCCACACAGGUGCGAUGGCUGCCUUAAGAAAUCACGGUCCAUAGCACAACUCGAGCGCCGUAUCUCCGACCUUCACUGGAUCCGAAAUGAAGAAAAGCUCUUGGACUCAGUGAUCACGUUCGGCGCCGGUCCGCCUGUUAAGUCCGAGCUAGACUCCACCAUCCCGGUCUGGGAUGCUGGCUCACCGGCCGCCUCCGUCUGUCAGCCUUCCCCUGGCCCCGCGAUACUCCGGCCUCAACCGGACCGGCAGCCUCGGGCCCACCACAUCUCCAACCCGAUGACCGCUGGCUACUGCUGGGUGCAAAGCCCAAACGCGUGCCUGCUGCUGCUUCAGACUUUACACCACACCCGGGGCACAGAGUGUGUAGUUCCAGCCCGCAGCAGGCGCCCUGGUCCUCCGUUCCAGCGAGGAAGGCCGGCGGGACCAGUCCACAACUCCCCGGUGAGCUCCAGCUGUCCAACCACUACCCCGUCCCAGCCCGAUAGGAUCAAGGUAACACCAGCGCCUCCACGUCCUCCCCCCCCCCCCCACCUUAAUUGUGGGUGACUCCACAAUUAAGCAGGUCCGCUUUUUUAACGCCGUCACCCGCUGCCUCCCAGGUGCUACUGUACCGGUCAUUUUAAACGAACUCCCGGGGCUCUUGCGCUCCCUGCCCGCUACAGUCAGCAAGGUUAUUGUCCAUGUAGGAUGCAAUGACACUGCUCGCAAGCAGUCCGAGCUCUUAAAAAUUGAUUUUAGAGACCUGCUCAGUCUCCUGCGCACCACGGGGAAGGCCGUCUUCAUCUCCGGCCCAAUCCCGACACUGGCCCGGGGAGCAGAGCGGUUCAGCGGUUCGCUGCUAAUUUGCAGCACUCGGUGCAAUCUGCCACACAUGAUUGACUAUUGUUUACCCCACACACCUCUCCACCUACACCUUCCGCGGCAGCGUACAGUGCUACUUCACUCAACACUGCCCCCUAUGGACCUACUGUUCACAUCCACGACCACACUGUUCAAUAUCCCAUCCCAGUACACAUCAGUUCAUGUCAUCACUCCCAUCAAUACAAGCCCGCCUCUGCGGGUCCACGGCCCCGGGUGCCUCUGA